AUGGACUCCCAGGUAGUCACAGUUGACCAGUUUGCUGCGGCCAUGGCUUCGAUUCAGGAGGCUAUAGCCGGCCUUGGCCAGAGGAUAGACGGGCAGCAGGCCCCACCUCAGGAUGGUGCACAGUAUGACUCUACGGCACCACCACCCCCUCCACUCAGUCAGCCAGUUCCACACCCGACACCGUAUGUUUUACAUAGUCAGACUGAUGCUACCCCACUUCCUGUUGUAGCACCCAUUCAGGCAUCAGAGGAUGCACAUGCUCGUAUGGAUAGACUCGAGCAGAGGAUGAGACAGAUGAGGGUUUCGGAUGGAGACAUCAGUUGGGAUAAUUUUGAUGGAGCACCAGUAGUCAGUUUACCGACUCAGUUCAGGAUGCCAGAGAUUGAGAGGUAUACGGGCAUAGGUUGCCCUAAGAUUCAUUUGAGGUUAUACAGUAGUGUGAUGAGGGCCCACGGGUUGGAUGAGGCCCAUUUGAUUAUGCUUUUUCCCAUGUCCUUGAGUGGUGCAGCACAGCGUUGGAGAGAGUUGGAGGCCUUGAGACAGGGGCCAGAUGAGUCAGUUACUUCAUUUAUCUCCCGAUGGAGGGAGAAGAUCGCCCAGAUUGUUGAUCGUCCUUCCGAGAAGGACCAGAUUAAUUUUGGAUCCUUGGUACAGGCCCUGUAUGGCAUAGAGGAGGGCAUUGCUAGAGGGUUGUGGCCUGAGUCUUCUCCUUCUGAUUCAAAGGGGAAGAAGUCGUUAGAAGGACAGAGACCAGGAGAUGUGAGUGCUAUCAAUUUAGUAGGAUCGAGAUCUCUCAGGCGCUAUCAGACAUUCGGGCAGACUUCACGAGCCUAUUACCCGCAGCGUUAUGCUCAGUAUAGACCACCCAGGCCCAUGAUUCCUACAUACCUACACCAGACCCCAGAGCCUGUUUUUGCUGCACAGGUCUCGGAGAGGCCUCCUACCUUAUAUCCUCGGCCUCGAGCUCCACAGACUACUAUUCCUCCUGUACAGAGGCCGACACGACAGUUCUCCCAGCUAGGUAUGCCUUUGAGUCGAGCGUUCCAAAAGCUCAUGGAGGGUGGUUUGUUGACUCAGUUGGCACCUAGGCCUGUACCCCAGCCUGUGCCACCACGCUUCAGGAUGGAUCUACAUUGUUCCUACCAUCAGGGCCCAGGGCAUGACACAGAUCAUUGCGCUGCCUUGAGACAUGCUAUACAGGACUUGAUAGAUCAGGGUCUGGUUAACUUGGGGCAGCCAAGUGUAACCACGAACCCUCUACCGACUCACUCUACACAUGCAGUACCACCACCCCCGGGCGGUAUACAUCAUAUAGAUUUUGUAGAGGAUGACAACAUACACAUGAUGAGUUGGGAUGAUGGAGUGCCAGAGCCGAUUGUUUUGGAUGAUGGUUAUGAGGUUGACACAGUGGGUUCUCAGACUUUUACUCCAUUCAGUUUGAUUUCAGAUUGGAUACCAUUUGAGUUGACUCCUAUUGCACCAUCGGCCAUAGCACGUCAGGGCCCGCCCGCCCCAUUUAUCCUACGGCUAGAUGAUGAUGAUUUAGAGGGGAGAGAUGUACAGAUUGUGACCCGUAGUGGGAGAGUAGCUCAGCCCCCACCUCUAGUAGCCAGGCCAUUUGAUGGCGCGGUUUCUCGUGAGGAGAACAGGAGAGAGGAUGAUGAGAUAUUGAGGCAGUUACAGAGUACACAUGCCCGCAUAUCUAUCUGGAGUUUGUUGGCAUCUUCUAGUACACAUAGAGAUGCAUUGAUUCGGGCUUUGAGCCAGAUCCGCGUAGAGACCACCACUACCCCGGAGGGAUUGAUUCAUAUGAUGACAGCUGGCAGGGCCACUUGCAUUGUAUUUUUAGAUGAUGACUUGCCACCUGAUGGUUUAGACCACGUGCGCCGUCUAUACAUCACAGUUGGAUGUUCAGGCCGUAGAGUCCCGUCUGUCCUACUGGACAACGGCUCAGCCCUGAAUGUUUGCCCUUUAGCCACUGCUAUAGCCCUUGGUUUCGCGCCUUCAGAUUUUGGUCCUUCUACUCAGACAGUCAGGGCGUAUGAUAGCACCAAGAGGGAUGUUAUGGGUACCUUGAUGAUUGCUUUGCAGAUUGGUCCAGCCACAUUUUCCACUUUACGGCAGAUGCAAAUUGUUGACUUUGGGAAGAUGAUUAAAAAUCAAGAUAACCCUCAUGGUGAAAAAUUAUUCUUUAUCCUCACAUGUCAAAGUUUGAUUUACGUAAAUUCUCUUUUAAAUGAUUCUUAA